AUGAACACUCUUCGAGCGAGAACCAAGGUUGUCAAGGCGCAUGCGACUCCCAAGGCUUUCUUCGAUGGCGUGCUGAUCACCGUCGGAUUAAUUCCUUCCGUUUUACUUGGACUACUAUUGAACAUCUUGGAUGCCGUGAGCUACGGGUUCAUUAUUUUCCCUGCUGGGCCUAUUUUCUCUGGGUUCGGGUCCCUUGGUGUAUCCAUGUUCUUUCUCAGUACGGUGAUAUCCCAGCUGGUGUAUUCUUUGGGCGGAUCUUCAUUUCCUGGCGCCGCCGGAUCUAUGAUCAUCGAAGUUAUCCCCUUCUUCCAACUCAUGACGACGGAAAUAAUGAGAAUCGUCGGUGAGGAAAAUAGGAUGCAAAUUAUCGCUACGACCAUGGUCGCCUUCGCUCUAUCUUCCAUUUUGACGGGGUUAACUUUCUUGCUUCUCGGUUUGCUGAGAUUGGGCUCGGUGAUUGGAUUCUUUCCAAGGCAUAUCCUAGUAGGGUGUAUCGGCGGCGUCGGCGUGUUUCUGAUUCAAACAGGAAUCAACGUUUCGGCCGGAAUGGGCGAAGAGAAGGCUGAAUUUACAUGGCGCUUGCUCAAGAUGUAUUUUAUGGAUUUGCACGUGUUGGUGCUUUGGGUCCCCGCGUUUGCCUCCGCCGUAUUGCUUCGCGUGAUAACGCACCAUUAUCACCAUCAGCUGAUUUUCCCAGCUUAUUUCGUUGUGUUACCCAUUGUGUUCUAUAUCAUUGUGGCCAUUGGAGGCUGGGAUGUCAAUCGGCUUAGGGAAAGUGGGUGGAUCUUCAAUACUGGAGGGUCAGAUGAGCCUUGGUACAGGUUUUACUCUUAUUUCGAUUUUCAUGAGACAAGCUGGAAAGCGAUUUGGGCAACAAUGCCCACCCAAUUGGCCCUUUUGUUUUUCAACAUUUUGCAUCCGCCACUCAAUGUCCCAGCUCUUGGGGUUUCUUUGGGAAAGGAUGACGUAGAUUUGAACCUCGAAUUGACGGGGCAUGGUGUGAGCAACCUCAUUGCUGGAUUCGCUGGCGUACCAAGCAAUUAUCUUGCGUAUGUGAAUACGUUAUUGUUCUAUCGCGUGGGCGGUACGACGCGUUACUCUGGAAUUCUUCUUACAAUUGCUACUGCUGGAUUGCUGUUCAUCGGAACUGGGCCUAUCGCUUAUAUCCCGGUGAUCGAAGUCGGAGCAUUGAUUUUCGUUUUGGGUAUCGACCUCGCUGUUGAAGCGGCUUGGGAGACACGGAAAAAGGCUAGCACUUCCGAGUAUAUUACCAUCCUCGGGAUCAUGGCCGUUAUGACUGUGUAUGACUUUGUGUCCGGAGUUGUAUUUGGGAUCAUUGUGGCGUGCAUAUCCUUUGUUGUUCAAAAUUCACGAGGAGAGUCCAUUAGGACCGCCUUCUCGGGUUCAACGGCUCUGUCGACCGUUAGAAGGCCAAGUGCGCAUCGGAGAUAUCUUCAGGAAGUUGGGACCCAGACUUGCAUCAUGCGUCUUCAAGGGUUCCUUUUCUUUGGGACGAUAUCUAAUGUGGAAGAAAGAUGCCGGGCGUAUCUCGAAGCCGCGACGUGGGAAAAAAAUCCGAUUCGCUUCCUCAUCAUCGACCUCACCCUGGUCAGUGGGCUGGAUCUUUCCGCCGCUGAGGCAUUUGUUCGCUUGCAUCGACUUCUCGAAGCUCGUCGCGUUCAGCUCGUCUUUUGUGGUCAGUCGACUACGUCCAAUGUAGCUAAGGCACUUCGAGCUGUGAACCUCUGGCAAGGAAAAACCGAAGUGUUUGCAACUCUGAACGAAGCACUUGAGUGGACUGAGAAUGCCUAUAUCAAGCUAUGGUUCAAUUCACUGGCCCACAAACAGGAAGAUGCAAUAAACGUCCCUAUCAACGUUCGUAACAGACAUCUCGAUGUACCAUCCCUCCUUAGCGAGUCUUUCACAAACUCACCGCGUCGCAUACACGUCCGAGCUGCGGGAUUAAGAAUCAUGGAAACGCCUGCUGGUACACAAGAAGUUCCGAACCAUAAUGAGCAACCCUUCAGCACCAUCAUGAAAACAUUCCCAACACAUACCGACUUGGAUGACGGUUUUAUCUCCCGCAUCACACCAUAUUUCAAACCUUUGAUCUUCGAACCUGGCGAGGUUGUCUUCCGCCAAGGUGAUAUCGCAGAUGGACUAUAUCUCAUAGAAUCCGGCAUCCUUCGAGCUACGUACAUCUUUGGCGAACACGCUGAUGUUGUCGAGGAGAGUUGCGUGGCUGGUACCUUGGCGGGAGAGUUAACUGCACUUGCUGGGGAACCGAGAAAUGCCACGAUGGUCGCAGAGCGGCCAUCUGUACUGUGGAAGAUGGAAAACACAGCUCUUACUCGCCUGGAGAAAGAACAUCCGGAGGACGCAAAACGGUUCACCAAGCUUGUUCUCAAAGCCUCAAAAAUCGAUCAGGACGUUUUACUUGCCAGUCUUGCUCAGUUGAAGUAG